CUAGAGGCACCUGUUAAACUGUUGUUUUCAUGUUUCACCAUAUGAUAUGCACAUACAUAUUUAUUGCAAGAUUUUGGGAAAGUCAAUAAAUUAACAUGAUAAUUACUGAUAACUGCUACUUGCAAUUAAGGUCCAAACAUGCAGAUCACAGGUCUUAUUCAUGUCGUUAUUCUGGGUCUGGUAGCCGUGCAGGCCAUCCAACAAGGAUCAUAUUAUAGUGGAGGACACGGUAGAAGACUUGGCGGAUACAGCAGCGUAUAUGGAUCACUCUAUGGGGGAUACGGAUCACUUUAUGGUGGAUUAGGUAGAGGAUAUGGUUCCCAUUUGGGGAGAUAUGGAUCACGCUAUGGUGGAUACGGAUCACUUUAUGGUAGUGGAUAUGGAUCACAGUAUGGUGGAUACGGACAAGGGUCGCUUUAUGGAAGAUACGGAAGUCUCUAUGGAGGAUACGGACAAGGGUCGCUUUAUGGUGGAUACGGAAGUCAUUAUGGAGGAUACGGACACGGAUCACUUUAUAGAGGAUACGGAGCCCGUUAUGGACACGGACACGGAUCACUUUAUAGUGGAUACGGAAGUCGUCAUGGAGGAUACGGACUCGGAUCACUUUACAGUGGAUACGGAAGACGUUAUGGCGGAUACAGGCAAUACGGUCACGGAAGUAACUCAAUGUAUGGUCGCCAUGGCGUUUAUGGAUCUCAUUAUGGUGGUUCUGGUUCAUAUGGACACCGAUCAUAUGGCUAUUAAUGAAGAAAUCCAGCCGAAAGAAGUGCGUGGAAUUGAGAGUAUGCUCCAUUUCACAUUGACAUUGACAUUGCAUUUGUAUUGG